AGAGCCCCAGCCAAAUCGAACGGCUCGGCUCAACCAGACCGAGGGGAUUCCGCCGCUAGGGUUAGUGGCCGCCGGUCCGCUGCCGCCGCCGCCGGCCGACGCGUUCACCUUCCUCCUCCGCCCUCUCGUCCCUGAAGCUGCCCCGAGAUUCGAGUCGUCGCCGCCGCCGCCCCAGACAGUGCCACACAGACCUAGCAGCUAGCUACCUCUGAAGGAAAAAAAAACUUGCGGCCAUCAUGCCAGCAGCACCGCCGCCGACGCUCCCCGAGGAGCUUGUCGAAGAGAUCCUCCUCCGCAUCCCACCCGACGAGCCUGCCGGCCUCCUUCGUGCCUCCCUCGUCUGCAAGUCCUGGAGCCAGGCCGUCUCCCAUCGCGGAUUCCGGCGCCGCCUCCACGAUUUCCACCGGGCACCCCCCGUGCUCGGGUUUCUCCAUGAUUGGGACGACGAGAACAUCCCCGACUUCAUCUCCGCCACUGUGUCGCCCUUCUCCCCUGCCGUCCCAGACAGGUGGCUCUGGCAGGCCGUCGACUGCCGCCACGGCCGCGCCCUCUUCCUCUCUGAUGACCCUGAUGCUGAGGAACUCCUGGUGUGGGAGCCAAUCACGGGUUCCCAGCAGCGUGUGCCAGUGCCCGUGAUGUCUGAUAUCGGCCGCACAACCGCCGCAGUGUUCUGCACAGCAGACGGGUGCGACCACUGCAACUGCCAUGGGGGCCCUUUCUGCGUUGUCUUCAUCUUCUCCGUCGACAGCGAAGAUCCUGACGACGGGGAAUAUGACACGGCGGCAUGUGUAUACUCGUCAGAGACCGGUGCUUGGGGCGAGCUGACCUUGAUGCAUGGGGAGUUCUACAUGCAUUUCACAUAUUAUUCCAGUGUGCUUGUUGGGGAGUCUUUGCUCUACUUCGUGACUGAUGGUGGGUUGAUCCUGGAGUAUGACAUGGCAAUGCAUGGGCUGACUUGGUUCAAGGCACCAUACUCUUGCUACUCUAAGGGUAUACCCAGUUUCAUUCUCAUGCCGGCGGAGGACGGUGGACUGGGACUCGUUGAAGAAUUGGAUCCGCAUCUGAAAUUGUGGUCAAGGGAGAUGACUGAUGCCCGAUGGAUACCCAGCCGGAUUAUCAACUUGGGAAGUUUGUCUCUAAAUGGUGCUCAAAUGGGUGCAGCAUGUCCGGUCCACGUGUUGGGCUUUGCGGAGGGAGUAAGCGUCAUUGUUGUGACCACGGCUGCCGGCCUCUUCACAGUUCAAAUACAAUCAGAGGAGAUAACCAGGGUGUGCGAUGAUCAUGGAUAUGGUAACCUGAUUCCUGUUGUCGGCUUCUACACUCCUACGCCCCGAGUGGCAGAAGCUGAAGCAUAAGCUGGUGGGUCGCAUUGAAAAUGGUGAAUCCUGGAGUGCGGCCUGAUCGACAGAGGUGGAGUUGGCCUUGUAUGUUCCUCACAAUUUUGUGCCAUCUAUCUGAUCUUGUCGUGGGUUGAGGAUCUUGUUAAGCCACUGGGCCUUUUGGUCUUUUCCUUGAAAUUACACCAAACAUAUUUGCUUUAUUUUCUCUUGGAGUCACCAUGCUUUCUCAAAUAUGCACAAUCCUCACUCUGAACCCACCUAUUAUAGGACAGGUUGUGCCAGAUCUUCUCAAUUCUGGAGAGCCUUGCAUGCCAUAAAAAGAUGGUUUAAGUCAGGGUUGGCUUAUAGCGUGGGAAUUUCUUUUUAGACAUGAUGUCUGGCUGGUGGACACACCUUUAGGAAUUCAGUUCAGUACCCUGUUUUCUUGUUGUGACUUGUGACUUGUGAGCAACAAAAUGGGGUGGUUUUAUCCUUGGCAAAUGGGAACUACUUCAAGGUUUGCUGCCAGUUAGCGGGGUGGUGGCUUUAGCUGGUGGUUUUCAUUUUGUCCGGCGUGUUUUGUCAGCUUGCGACGUGCAACUUUCAUUUUCUGGCAGUUUUUGUGUGAUCUAUCUAGUGUUGCAGAGCGUCGAGGGCCUUGUAAAGCUUUGAGUAAAAGCUGGGCCUUGGUUUUUUUUUUUCUCUAAAAUACACCAACUUUCAUUCCAUUAUGUUUUCUCUGCCAUGCAUGCACACUCAUCUGGACACUCACUAGUCAGAAAUUAUAUACACGCUCUUAUCAGCUAGCUAGGAUUUCAUUGUUUAGCUGUCCAGUCUGAAACAACAGUAUAUAGCACAAAAUUUUUUCUCAGGUUCUUGCUCAUGUGUCAUGUCAGUACACAACCAACCAUAUGACAAGUGAUUGAAAAUUAGGUUGUGGAACAUUAGAUAAUUCUGUAGUACGAUCAGUGACACCAGGUAAUUAGAUUUCUGGGGCUUUUACAAUAUCAAAUGGGAAGAUAUCGACCAGUGAUAAAAAUAAUCAGGCAUCGGCACGUAAUAAAGGUUAAAAAUAACCAAGUGACAUGACAAAGCCGAAGUAGUAUGCACAAAAGGAAAGAUUUUUUGCAUUCUAUCUAACAUGACGAUUACAGAGCUUUGAUCUGGAAUCUUGGAGUCACCAUGGUUUCUCAAAUAUGCACAAUUCUUUCUUGACAUGAUGUCUGGGCCAGACUGGCUGGGGGGCGCACCAUUAGAAAUUCAGUUCAGUACCCUGUUUUCUUGUUGUGACUUGUGAGCAACAAAAUGGGGUGGUUUUAUCCUUGGGGAAUGGGAACUACUGCAAGGUUUGCUGCCAGUUAGUGAUCUGGUGGUUUUCAUUUUAUCCAGUGUCUUUUGUCAGCUUGCGACGUGCACCUUUUAUUUUCUUGCUGUUUUGCGGGAUCUAUCUGGUGUUGCUGACCGUCGAUGGCCUCGUAAAGCCUUCAGUAGAAGCUGGGCCUUGGGGUCUUUCCUGUAAAAUACAUCAACUGUCAUUUCAUUUUGUUUUCUCAGCCAUGCAUGCGCACUCAUCUGGACACUCACUAGUCAGAAAUUAUAUAUGCUCUUAUCAAGUGCGCAAUCCAGUAAUGGACAGUUUAUACAAGUUGUGCUGCAGCUUAAUAGUAGUGUUUACGUAUCUGAACAGCAAGCGGUACGCCAGGUUCGUCAGAGUUAACAGGCUAGGUAGGAUGAGGCAGCAGCUGUAGCACUUGAACGUUUUCUUCUCAGGUUCUUGCUUGCUACUAGAACUGAACUGCAUUCUAAUAAUUAAGCUUCAGCCUUGUAAGUAAGUCGACGGCAGGAAGAUUGGAUGCACUGAUCAGCAUACAGCAAGCAUUCAUGAUCUUCCAAGGCCGUCAUCGUCAUCGUCGUCUUCGUCGUCGUCAUCUCGCAUGCAGGCUAGAGGGAACGAAAACAGAGGAGGCCCUGUUUUCAAUCUUGGACCUUCAGGGUUCAGGUUCAGGUUCGUCAAGAGGCUGACGCACACCUGCAAAGAAAAACCCUGAAUCAUCCAUCAUCCACAUAUUUCUGCAUUCACCCUUGGCGGUUAAUUAUUCUGCACGCAGAAACCCAGCAAUGGAAAACGAGAGACUAGGAAAAUGAUGAACAAGCUCGAGAGAACCAAGUGGCUAUGAGCUGAUGAGGUUAUGGGAAGCGCUGAAGAAACUAUUGAUUUGGCCCGGGGCUUGCUCCAAUCCUGGCUCCGCCACUGGCGUCGAUCGAGACAUAUUCAAAAAAAAAAGGCUGAAGAGGGAUCAAUACUUGCAAGUGAAUACAAUCACAGACAACGAAUUUCCCAAGACUGGGCAACCAUGAAUCCUUCUCCAUUUUGAAGCCAUGAUGUUUCUCAAGCCAAUCAAAUUUCUUGAGUGCAUGGCAAUUCCUGAUCUCCAGUACCCAUAAACUAGAGUUCAGAUCUCCCAGUGAAGUGCAAACACAACUCUCCAACUCCGCAUUUCAACUAAAACUAGCUCCUCCAAUGACGGUACCGAUACUUCUCUAACUUUCCGCGUGUUGCUUAAUUUCAACCAUGUAAGAAACGAAAACCUUCCCAGAAUUGGAAAUGCACUUCGCAAUUUGAAAAACCUCUUACUACGGGGCUUGUUGAUAGUGUGAUUAUCUGCAAAGAGGUACGGCAACCAUCCAAUGCUUGAUUGAAAAACUUGCUCGAAACUUGAGGCAGUGAAGGUGAACUAUGCUCAA